GAUCUCGCUGGAAGGAGGAGCCAGGCGGACUGAGAAGAGCUUCCCGGUCUGUGGUCUCUUCUUGGGCCUGACAUGGAUUUCAGAGUCGCACACACCUGGGACGGCUCCCCGGUGGGCCACGAGCCCGUGCGCGUCGGGCUGGAGCCGGGGCGCGGAGGGGUGCUCCUGCAGGCCAGCGCUCCGUUCUUCAACGACCCUCCGGCCCCGCCCGGAGCGCCCGGGAAGCCCUUCCGCGGACUGUGGGAUUAUGAAGUUGUGGAGGCAUUUUUCUUGAAUGACAUUACGGAACAAUAUUUAGAAGUUGAACUUUGCCCCCAUGGACAGCAUUUGGUGCUUCUAUUAUCUGGAAGAAGAAAUGUGUGGAAACAAGAACUUGCUCUAUCAUUCAAAGCGUCCAGGGGAGAGACCACCUGGGAGGGCACAGCCUGUAUUCCUUGGAGUUAUUUUCCACCAAAUGUGACAAAAUUCAAUGCAUUUGCAAUUCAUGGAUCAAAGGAUAAAAGAAGCUAUGAAGCUCUUUACCCUGUGCCUCGGCAUGAACUGCAACCCGGACAAAAACCUGACUUCCACCGUCUGGAAUACUUCAAGCCUUUCAGUUUUAACACACUGCUUGGAGAAGAAUGGAAGCAACCAGAAUCUGACCUGUGGCGAACAGAGAAACCUGAUUUAUAGGAGUACAGUAGCUGACCACAUCAAUCACUUCUUCCAUAUACCUUUUAAGAGCUUGCAGCUAUCUAGUAGGUCAUGUAUGAACCUUUCCACCAAACCUAGUGCUUCUCCAGCAUUCUUAACUCAGAGGUGAGCAGUUUUGCAUAAAAACCUUCAUUACGAGUACAGAUACCCAGUCGCCUACCCAAGAUAUACUUUCUACUCUUCUGUAUGAAUAGAACUUUAAUUUUUAAGGGCUCUUGUCAAAAACUGCAUUUUCCCAGAUUCCUUUGCAGAGAGAAAUGACCAUGUAAGGCAGCUCAUGUCAAUGAGAUAUAAGCAUUAUUCAUAGUGUUCGGUGGGGCUUCAAGAAAAGAUGCUGUAAAGACACAGCUGCCGUACACCCUUUGUCCCUUGCCUUCCCCCUUCCUUUUUCCUGAGCGGCAGAGUGAAUUCCCGAGGUAACACACUAGCGACCGUGGUCAGCGAGGGGCCACCUAAGGGAGAGCCGAGCAGAAAGACGAAGGAGCCGGGGUUCCAAACGGCGCAGAGCGGAGCCGUCUGUCUGGACUGCCCACCCACACCGGGGAGAAGGGAGCGCCUACUCUGUUCCCCCAAAGCGAUCUGUAGAUUCAGAGCAAUCCCAGUAAAAAAAAAUCCUAGAAGGAUUUAUUGGGGGUGGAAAUGAACAUGCUGAUUCAAUGGUCAUGGAAAAAAUAUAAUUAAAAAUAUGUGAAAAAAAUGGAAAGGACCUUAGCCAAAACAAUUUUGAAGCAGAAUAAAGUUGGAGGACUUGUGCUGCUGAAUCGAGACUGUUACUAAGCUUCAGUAGUGAAGACAGUACGCCCUUGGCAUAGAUUGAGACAAAUACGUUGUAUGUCGGUGGAACAGAAUAGGGAACCCAGAAAGGGAACUCUAUAGAGUCAAUCGACUUUGACAAAGGCGCCAAGGUAUUGAAAGGGAAAGGACAGUCCUCUCAACAAAUGGUGUGGCAAUAACUGGAAAACAUGAAACAGUAUGAACCCUGACCUCUACCUAAUACCCUACAGAAAAAUGGACCUAACUGUGAUUGGAGAAAUAAAAAAUUUCGGGAGAAAGUCUUAAUGAUCUGAAGAAGACAGAUUCUAAAUUUUAAACUUAUCUAAAUUUCAAAUAGAACAUAAAAAGUACUCACUGAAACAGAAAAAAAAAUAAGUUGGACUUCAUCAAAAUGAAAAGAUUUUCCUUAUCAAAAGCCUCCAGUAAAUGUGAAAAAGGAAGUCACAGGUUGGGAUACAAUAUUCAAAAUACAGAGUAUCUGACAGAGGACUCUUACUGAAAGUAUAUAUUAUGAACUGAAAAUCAGUAAUAGUGAGACAAACCACAAACCACUUUUUGCUCUUAAGUAGCAAAAGAACAGAUACUUGGCAGAAGAUAAUAUACAGAAGGCCAAUAAAUAUAUAGAAAGGUUCCAACCUCACUUAUCGUCAAAGAAAUGUGAAUUAAAACCACAGCAAGAUACCACUGUAGAAUUGUAGAAUGACUACAAUUACAAACUAUGCGCAAUGGCUAACUGGCUGAAAUUGAAAAAAAGAUUGAGAAUGCCAACCAUUGAUGGGAAUGUGGAGUAGCCGGAAUUUCCCUACACUAUGGGUAGGAAUGUAAAAUGGUAGGACCACUCGGGAACUACUUGGCAAUUUCUAGUUAAAUACAUAGCUACCCUAUGCUUUAGUGUUUCAUUCUUGGAUAUGUACUCAAGAGAAAUGACUGUUCAUAGCAGUUUUCUUCAUAACAGCACCAAACCGUAAACAAUCAAAUUUCCAUGACAGGAGAAUGGGUAGUCUCAUACAGCAGACAAUGGAAUACUUCUCAUGAAAAAGAAUGGCUUAUUAAUACGUGCAACAACCCAGAUGAAUCUCAAAAGCAUUAUGCUGUGAAAAGGAAGCCAGACACAGCAUACUGUAUAAUUAUUUUUAUAUGAAGACCAAUUAUAGGCAAAACCAGCGUAUCCUGAGUCAGAACCACACCUGCUCAGUGUAGGGGAGGGGCUUCCAAGACCUGGAAAGGGGGAGGAGGGAAUUUUCUGGGGUGUUUGAAAUGUUUUGUAUUUUGAUCUGGAUGAUGCUAUAUAUCUGCAUACAUUUGUCAACAUUCCUUAAACUGUAUGUAUUUUAAGAUAUGUGAUUCUACUACAUGUAAAGUAUACCUUAAUAAAAUACUGUUCUAAAAUAAACUA